AUGGUUCCCUCUCCGACAGUGAGUGAGGUGAUAAUUCCUUUUCAGAUGGUUCCCUCUCCGACGGUGAGUGAGGUGAUAAUUCCUUUUCAGAUGGUUCCCUCUCCGACGGUGAGUGAGGUGAUAAUUCCUUUUCAAAUGGUUCCCUCUCCGACGGUGAGUGAGGUGAUAAUUCCUUUUCAGAUGGUUCCCUCUCCGACGGUGAGUGAGGUGAUAAUUCCUUUUCAAAUGGUUCCCUCUCCGACGGUGAGUGAGGUGAUAAUUCCUUUUCAGAUGGUUCCCUCUCCGACGGUGAGUGAGGUGAUAAUUCCUUUUCAGAUGGUUCCCUCUCCGAUGGUGAGUGAGGUGAUAAUUCCUUUUCCUAUGGUUCCCUCUCCGACGGUGAGUGAGGUGAUAAUUCCUUUUCCUAUGGUUCCCUCUCCGACGGUGAGUGAGGUGAUAAUUCCUUUUCAGAUGGUUCCCUCUCCGACGGUGAGUGAGGUGAUAAUUCCUUUUCAGAUGGUUCCCUCUCCGACGGUGAGUGAGGUGAUAAUUCCUUUUCAGAUGGUUCCCUCUCCGACGGUGAGUGAGGUGAUAAUUCCUUUUCAGAUGGUCCCCUCUCCGACGGUGAGUGAGGUGAUAAUUCCUUUUCAGAUGGUUCCCUCUCCGACGGUGAGUGAGGUGAUAAUUCCUUUUCAGAUGGUUCCCUCUCCGACGGUGAGUGAGGUGAUAAUUCCUUUUCAGAUGGUUCCCUCUCCGACGGUGAGUGAGGUGAUAAUUCCUUUUCAGAUGGUUCCCUCUCCGACGGUGAGUGAGGUGAUAAUUCCUUUUCAGAUGGUUCCCUCUCCGACGGUGAGUGAGGUGAUAAUUCCUUUUCCUAUGGUUCCCUCUCCGACGGUGAGUGAGGUAAUAAUUCCUUUUCAGAUUAUAAUUUCCUAUGGUUCCCUCUCCGACGGUGAGCGAGGUGACAAUUCCCUUUCAGAUUACAAUUUCCUAUGGUUCUCUCCCCGACGAUUAGCUGAAGCACUUGAUAUGCAGCCUCCUGUAAUGCCAGAGGAUGGCCACACAACACGGCUUACUAGUGGCGAAGAGACGGUUUCUUCUGCUUCUGGGAAAGAUUCUUCUGUUGAACCCAUAUGGGAUGAUGAAGACACAAGGGCUUUUUAUGAAUGUUUUCCAGAUCUUAGAGCUUUUGUUCCUGCUGUGCUUUUGGGAGAAACAGAGCCAAAAGUCAAUGAGCAAUCUGUGAAGAGUCAAGACCAACCAACUGAAAUAUUACCUGAAUCAGACAAAAGCCAACUGAUCACCUUUGAAAGUGGAGAGGGCUCCACAGAGUCUAAUGUUUUACCAGAGGGAGAAAGCACUGAGAGAGUGGAUGAUAAAGAAGAAAAAGAAAAGUCUAAAGAUUUGGACAUAGACAAGGAAAAAGAAAAAGAGAAUGAAAAAAAAGGGGAAAAUGACAAAGAGAAACUCAGAAGUGUUGAAGGAACAAAUUUGGAUGCUCUAUUGCAGAGGCUUCCGGGUUGUGUGAGCCGGGACCUUAUAGAUCAAUUAACAGUAGAGUUCUGUUAUCUAAAUUCAAAAUCAAAUCGGAAAAAGCUUGUGAGGGCUUUGUUCAGUGUUCCAAGGACUUCUCUAGAGCUGCUAGCGUAUUACUCACGCAUGGUUGCUACACUCUCAACUUGUAUGAAGGAUGUCUCCUCUCUUCUAUUGCAGAUGUUGGAGGAGGAGUUCAACUUCUUAAUAAAUAAAAAGGACCAGAUGAAUAUUGAGACAAAGAUCAGGAAUAUCAGGUUCGUUGGAGAACUUUGCAAGUUCAAAGUUGCCCCUGCUGGCCUGGUCUUCAGUUGUUUGAAGGCCUGUUUAGAUGAUUUUAGUCAUCACAACAUUGAUGUAGCUUGCAACCUUCUUGAAACAUGUGGUCGUUUUCUGUAUCGUUCUCCAGAAACUAGUAUACGCAUGGGUAACAUGUUGGAAAUGAUGCUCUUGCCGUUUAUAGUGCAGUUCAUACUGCACGCGAAAUUGCUAUAA